AGAGAAUGAGAGGAUAAACGUACAGACAGGAAGGACUGACCCAAGAGCGUUAGAGAGAGAGAGAGCCAGAGAGAGAGAGAGAACAAGAGAGCAAGGGAGAGAGGGACUAUCCAGCACUCAGUCAUUACGCUUCCAGGGAUAGCAGAGAGAGAGACUACAGAGCCAUACUACUACAAUAUCUGUGUCCUGUAAUUUUGGAACUUUUUCACUUUAAUUUGUUCACUUUUUUUCACAACCUUAUUUUUUUAAUAUAACAAUAUAUUUUUUUCAUUCUGAAGCAGAGUACCUGGCUGUUACUUCUUCUUGUGUUCUCUGGGAUAUUUCUAAUGGUACUCUGCCCUCUGGUCUCCAGUGAUCAGCACACUGUGGACCAGGGACCUCUCUGCCCCUGACAAGGCAUCGUGGAGAGGCUGCUUGGCUGCUUGUCGUCAGGGCUGGGUUGCUGCUGCUUCUUCUUUGCAGGGAAUGCAAAGGGACGCUCCUGAAAAGCCUACGGAGGGGACUCAAGGUGAAGGAAGGGAAGGGAAGGAAGGAGCUGUGGCCCCACAGAACUGAGAGAACUGCCCCCCCUCCCCAACCCCAAGGCGCCCCAUCCCACUGCAGCAUGGAUCUCCCCCCAUUCAGAGGUCUUUCUGAUGUGCCGUGAGAGGUGCGAGCUCCCUGCCCCAGUCCCGACCCCCUCCCUGGUGCUCCUUCUCCCAGGACCAGGAUGGACCCUCUCCCGGGUCAUGGCCCUCCACCAGUCAGGAUGGACGUUGAUGGGCUGGACCUCCAGCAGGUGCCUGUCCUCUCCCUGGACCAGAUCCGCUCCAUCCGCGCCAACAACGACUACGUGGAGCGCCCCGUGACCCUGGACCAUGCCUCCCAGUCCGGCUUCUUCUACGCCCACGAUGACCGCUACCCCAUCACCCACGGAUACCCUCCUCAAGGUUACUCUCAUGGUUACCCUCAGGGAUACCCUCUCCCCCGGAGCCAGAGCCAGCAGCAACACGCCCACCUUGCCCAUCUGAGUCGCUCCAGUACUACCAGUUCAGCCAUGUCCCGGAUCAGCGCUGCCUCCGACCAGAGACUCCUGGUGGGCCUGACACCCUCCCACUCUGGCCUGGCCUCGGUGGUGCGCUCCCAGCCUAAAGGAGAACUCAAGCCUGAGGCUUCUCUGGGUAAAGGCCUGGUGGAGGGAGAGGACCUGGGCUUGCACCUGUUUAUCUGUGAGCUCUGUGGGAGGUGUAAGUGUCAGGAGUGCUGCGCUCCGCGAAGCCUGCCGUCCUGCUGGGCCUGUGGGCAGCGCUGCCUUUGCUCUGCUGAGAGUGCUGUGGAGUAUGGCACCUGUCUGUGCUGCGUUAAGGGCCUGUUCUACCACUGCUCCACUCAGGAUGACGAGGACAACUGUGCUGACCGGCCCUGCGCCUGCACAUCCGCCCACGCCUGCACCCGCUGGGGCACCAUGGGCCUUCUGGCGCUGUGCCUGCCCUGUCUCUGCUGCUACCCACCUGCCAGGCUGUGCCUCGCCCUGUGCCAGCGGGCCCACGACCGAGCCACCCGCCCCGGCUGCCGCUGCAGCAACACCAACACCGUGUGCCGCAAGAUCUCCACCUCCAACCCCAACCCUGGACACUCCCCCUUCUGCAGCAACACCAACACCGUGUGCCGUAAGAUCUCCACCUCCAACCCCAACCCUGGACACGCCCCCUUCUGCAGCAACACCAACACCGUGUGCCGUAAGAUCUCCACCUCCAACCCCAACCCUGGACACACCCCCUUCUGCAGCAACACCAACACCGUGUGCCGUAAGAUCUCCACCUCCAACCCCAACCCUGGACACGCCCCCUUCUGCAGCAAGUCCCUGGAGAAGCCUGUAUGACAGGGCUGCAGCGGGAGACAGCCAUCGCCUAGACAACGCAGUCUCAGUGACAACAUUGCCAUGACAACAAACACUGUUGCCAUGACAACGCCAUCACCCCCUCCAUCCGUGACCUACCUACCGUGACCUUUCACCUUACGUACCUUCCAUACUUCUCCUCCUGCCUGAGGAGAAAUGACCAAAAGCUUUACUGUAGUUCACUGUAACUGUACUGUACUGUACAUGUGGAGACUUGAGCCGAAACCUGAAAACCGCCUGGUGCUUUUUGCUGAACUGACUGCCAAUCUUAACCCUACUGUGUUACUGUGUGGGCACACUGCCUCUACCUUCCUCUUACUUUGUGGGCCAGCAUAGCGUACAUACUGUGGCUCUGCUCGGUGGGAUGGCCUGGGGUUCCUUACUGUGCUGUGUGAUGGACUGGGGAUCCUCACUGUGCUGUGUGAUGGACUGGGGAUCCUCACUGUGCUGUGUGAUGGACUGGGGAUCCUCACUGUGCUGUGUGAUGGACUGGGGAUCCUCACUGUGCUGUGUGAUGGACUGGGGAUCUUCACUGUGCUGUGUGAUGGACUGGGGAUCCUCACUGUGCUAUGUGAUGGACUGAGGUUCCUCACUGUGCUGUGUGAUGGACUGGGGUUCCUCACUGUGCUGUGUGAUGGACUGGGGUUCCUCACUGUGCUAUGUGAUGGACUGGGGUUCCUCACUGUGCUGUGUGAUAGACUGGGGUUCCUCACUGUGCUAUGUGAUGGACUGAGGUUCCUCACUGUGCUGUGUGAUGGACUGGGGUUCCUCACUGUGCUGUGUGAUGGACUGGGGUUCCUCACUGUGCUGUGUGAUGGACUGGGGUUCCUCACUGUGCUAUGUGAUGGACUGAGGUUCCUCACUGUGCUGUGUGAUGGACUGGGGUUCCUCACUGUGCUGUGUGAUGGACUGAGGUUCCUCACUGUGCUGUGUGAUGGACUGGGGUUCCUCACUGUGCUAUGUGAUGGACUGAGGUUCCUCACUGUGCUGUGUGAUGGACUGGGGUUCCUCACUGUGCUGUGUGAUGGACUGGGGUUCCUCACUGUGCUGUGUGAUGGACUGGGGUUCCUCACUGUGCUGUGUGAUGGACUGGGGUUCCUCACUGUGCUGUGUGAUGGACUGGGGUUCCUCACUGUGCUGUGUGAUGGACUGGGGUUCCUCACUGUGCUGUGUGAUGGACUGGGGUUUGCUCUGUUAGACUUGACCUAUUUAUUAUUUAUUGGACUUCCUCCUCAGUGAGGUAGAGAGAGAGACAGAGAGAGCGGACCAUGUGUGACUCUGAGUACAGUGAGUAAGCUACUAGAACAAAUCCCAACACAGCCAUUAAUAAAAGGAGUCUCUGGCAAAUGUAUAUUCCAGGCAUGAGAUAGACAGAGACUGGGUGGUCUACAGGGAGUCUACAGGGUGUGCCUCCUUCCAUCCCCUCCCUCCCUCCCUGUCGCUCUGAAGAGGCAUCCUGGAGCCGACCAACUGAAUGGACAUACAAGUUGUGUCAUUGAGCAGCCAUGGCUGACAUUUUGUGUGAGGCUGAUGUAAAGACCCUUUCCUAAUGGUGGAACAAAACUCUGAAAUUGAAAAAUGUAUUACUGUUUGACACACCAAAAACGGACCAUGAUGCACCAGGUGAAUCUAAAGUGAUUAAGCACAUUUGAUAUGGAAGGCACUAUGAGAUAUAAAGGUGGAUCGUCUGUAGUGUUCCCCAGCUGUCUGUCAUAUGAACAGGGGGGAGGGGGGGGGGCUCUGUUAUGACCAGGUAGUGUGUGUAGGCAUGUGUGUCUGUGUAUACGUGUGUGUGUGCAUGCACGCGCAUGUUUGUGUAUGUACACUAAUGGUUACGUGUAAGUGUGUAUGUGGGUCUGUGUAUGUUGGUGUGUGUUCUUGCCUGUGUAUGUACAGUAUAUGUAUGUGUGUGUGUGUGUGUGUGUGGGUGGGUGCACAUGUCCCCUUCCUGUUUGCUGUCAGCAGAAGCCUCCUAUUUUAUUUUUAGCACAGCUGCUUCAGAGGACCCAGAGUCUGGUCAGGUUUCUUCUCCACGGCAGGCUGACGCCAGCCUUCCCCGACCCCUCACCGCCUUCAUCUCCCCCGCCUCACCCCUCCUUACCCGCUGCCUCUAGUCUACCCAUCCCCCAGCCUCCCUCAGUAACCCUCCCCAAGCCUCCCCUGACCCAUUCUUUCCUCCCCCUCCUCUAUUCCCCCCUCCAUCUGGACUGCUGCUGUCCACGUGCAGAGGGACCAAAGAGACAGAGCUUCUCCACAGUCGAAAAUACAGAGGGACUUCACAGGAGUGAGGACAGGACGCCAGAUAAGAAAUAUCACUUUCUUUACAGAUCCGUCCUCCAUCCUUACCACUUCGUCCACAACACGAGGCAUUUUGCAACGACAGAGAUUCCUCUGGCCAGUUUGAUAAACCCCAGGCAGGCCCACCCACUGACCCCCUAGUCACAUACCCACCCACUUAAUGAACUAACAGGUUCCAGUCCUCCUCCUCUGAGUUGAUCAGGAGGCAAAUUAGCUUCUAAUGGGUAAAGAGGGAGGGAUGGAGGGAGGUGUGUGUGGAAGGUGAAACGGAGGAAAAGAGAGAGUGUGAGAGAUCUGUGGAAGUGGAGGAAGGAGAAAAGGAAGGGACAGAGGAGAUUGGGGACAGGGGGCUGGAGGUUAGGAAGACUGAUGUUAACCUGUGGGAGUGAGGUCAUAACAAAGCAACAUGGGGAGGUGAAGAACAGGUGGGGAGGGAUGGAGGGAUAAAGGGAUAGGGAGGGACUGAGUCUGGGAGGUCUGGUUGUCUUAUGCACUGAUAUCCAAAACCGGGAUGUGAAAAGUAACACGCCAUGUCAAGUGUGUGUGUGUGUGUGUGUGUGUGUGUGUGUGUGUGUGUGUGUGUGUGUGUGUGUGUGUGUGUGUGUGUGUGUGUGUGUGUGUGUGUGUGUGUGUGUGUGUGCUUUACUGUAUGUAAUGUGUGUCUGUGCGUUUAUUCACCUACACACAUACACACUCAUCCGAGUUGUUAAAGUUGCUUUGCUAUAUUUUUGUAUGUACAUACUGACUGUUAUCCUAUAUCCUGUGUGUGUAUGUACAUACUGACUGUUAUCCUAUAUCCUAUGUGUGUAUGGUUAUUCCUUGUUUUGUUCCCUUUUAUUACGAUCACUGUUUCUAUUAUUAUUUUCUAUUAUAUUGAACAUUUACUUUGAGUCACAGACUUGGUCAAUACUUCUAACCGUUUUAGAGGUUUUUCACUGUGGAGGAGAAGGUCACUCACCAUCAGCCAAACCUGUUAUUUGUACCUCCACUUCACUAUCUCCUCUGUGAUUCAUUUCACACGCACACGGUCAGACACACACAAAUACACACUCACGCACACACUUCACGGCCACUGUGCAAGGCCCAGGUUAAUGGUCUCUCCUCCACAGUCCAGCCCGUGUAGAGCUCUCCCAGGUGGUCAGAUGUUGAGUGGAAGGGCUCAGUGUGUAGGUACUGUACUGUACAGUACAUGCAUUUCUAGAGAAUAACAACUAACCCUCCAGGGUGCUGUAUGCUGGCUACAGGUUAACCACUAAACUUCCCCAUGUCGUAUUAGUAAAUAUUGCUUUGGUACAAUUGGCAUCUUGUAUGUUGUAAAAGAAUUUAAGGAGAAUAUGUGGACACAUAGAAAUUUAUCAAAAUAAAUAUAUUAUAUAUUAAAUAUACAUUUCACACAUAUUUCUUUUCCGUUGCUGAUAUUACAGAUGCGUCACAGAUAUUUAUUUAACGGUUGCGAUGAGAGAAAAGUAUUUAUUUAACGGUGGAUAUGGCGAGGAUAAUGAUGACUGUUGUUGGCUUUUUGGUUUGGUUUCUCUUGGAGGGGUGUGGCGGCUGCAGCCCUCAUGGCUAAAGAUAACCAAUAAAAGGUGUUUCCAAACGG